AUGGUCCUCGGUAGAAGAGAACAUGGUGAGAACAUGGUGGUGUCAGCGAAGAAAGUCGUGGUGCUUGAUGCUCUCGUGAGACUUGUGCUGACGGACGAGCUGGUUAAUCUGCAUCCUGUGAGACCAGGUGUGCCGCACCACUUCACUCCGGCAGAACGUUGCUCGUUUCUCCAGCCUCCAGCACUUCCCUUCUUCUGGGACCAGCGAUGCAAGCUGAACAACAAGAAGCCUGGGUGCUGGGCCGAUGGCGUGCACGCGCAGUGCCGCUUCUGUGGAGAGGAGCCCUACACAGGCAUUCCCUGCCCUGCAAAUGCCAUCGUUCCGAGAGCGAUGACUGUCUGCAAAUUUGAUAACCCUCCUGUGACGCCCUUCUUCUGGGACUCUUCUUGCUUCAUGGGCAUGAAGGGCUGCCUGGCAGACGGCAAACACAUCGGAUGCAGAUUUUGCGGAGCAGGCAAUUACUCUGACAUUCAGUGCCCUGCAAGUGUCUGCAGCUUCGCCAAUGAGCCCUGGACGCCCUACUACUGGGAUGACUUUUGCCAGUGGGGCAUGCUUGGAUGUAAUGCGGACAGCCUUCACAUCCAGUGUCGCUUCUGUGACAAGGUGCCCUUCCAGAGCAUCUCCUGCCCAGAAAAAGCUCGACCGGCCUACCCUGACGGGAAGUGCUGGUUUCCUGUAAGAGCACCUCAGGGCCAAAGCGGCACGCUUGCAUAUAGGCACCUCACGCGCUGCGAUAAUUUUGAGAACGCACCUGGCCGAAGUGGCAGCGGGCCCGUGAAGUGGCUCGGGAAGAUCUGCCGUUUGCAGCAAGACGUGGGUCAACUUGUUCUCCAAUGCUCGGUUGCAGAUGAAGACCGUCCGCUGCUGCCAGGUGAUACUUCGGAAGGGUCCGGUAGCGAGCGUGCCGCCGGAAUUGGUUCAGCGCUGGCCGUUGGUGUCUUUGGGGGCUCGGUGCUCGUCCCCUUCAAGUUCAUCCCGCCGGAGUCAGCUGGCCUGACAGCCAUACCUUCCUUCGGAAUAGGCGCACUGGUGGCGGGCGUGCUGGUGACCUUGGCAUACUGGAAGGGCAUCAAGCAGGAGAAAGACUGGCCGACGGUUGCCACGGAUCAAGUUCUGGCAGGCUUAGCCAGCGGAUUAAUCUGGAACGCUGGCAACGUCUGCUCAGUGAUUGCGCAAAGCCCACCAUUCUCCUUGCCGUACGGCGUGGCCUACCCCAUCCUACAGUGUGCUCUAUUUUUUGGCGGGCUGUGGGGCAUCUACGCCUUCAAGGAGAUUGUGGGUUCCGCAGUUGCCGUUUUCUGGUCAGGAGCUGUGACCCUGGCUGUGGGCAUCGUGCUCCUGAGCCUCUACGGCCCAUCGGGUUCUGCGUGA